AUGUUCGCUGGGAGCAAGCGAUGUGAAGAUAUGAACCUGGUGGAGGUAGCCACAAUGACGGUCAUCACUGGUCUAUUCAUUACUGCUCUGCUUACCGGUGAGGGCAACGAGACUGUGGCAGCGGUGAGCUACCUGCAGUGGCUUCUGUCGAUGGUGAUGUUUUUGGCGCUGAGUGUCGAGCGGGACGAGCAUAACGAGAGGAUCACUAGCGUGUACGAGUCGGUAGGGAGGAUGUCCACGCUUCUGGUGGAGCAGCUGGCGAGGAUAUUCCAUGAUAUCGACGCUAUGCUGAAGAGGGAGGAGCUGAGCAGGGAGGAUGCGCUGCUGAAGGUGCGGCAGGAACUCUGCUCCGUCAUGCAGAUGGUGAUCUCCGAGCCCCACCGGACGAGCUUCGCCCUGCCGCAGCCCGUCGACUUCAUGCUCGACGAGUUCGUCGCCCAGAGGGUGCAGGAGAGGGUGGCGCAGGAGAUGGAUAAUGUUUAA